AUGACUCUUGCGUUUAAGGCGCACGCUGAAAUCGACGGCGGCCCGGAGAAGUACGUCAAGAGCGGGAGCACGUUGAAGCUGACGUGCCACCUGAGACAGAGCAGCGUGACCCCGGACUUCGUCUUCUGGUACCAGGACGAGCGUAUGAUCAACUACGAGGGAGCGGCCGGCGUCAAAGUCAUCAGCGAUGGCGCAUCCAGCACGCUCAUCAUUGGACGGGCCCAGAGCGUCCACUCGGGCAACUACUCAUGCGUCCCGUACAAUGUCAACCCGUCGUCCGUCAUCGUUCACAUCCUCAAUGACUGGUGCUGAAGAAAGUUUUUUCUUCUCAGAAACUUGGAAAAAAACUUUGACUUUUCUUCAGCGGUGUCCGUGUCGAGUUUCCAGCCAAGGAUUAUCCGUCGCAGAUUUCCAUGAUGAUAAAGUAAGUGUUUUUUCCGUUUUGUCUUUCCGCUUUGAAUCAACGAACGAAGGAAAGCAGACUCCAUUUUGAUUGAACGCCAUCUAUCCAUAUCUAAGUUAUUUACUUUUCUCAGCAUUUUUAGGUUUACAUGUUAUUGAUUUGUUUUAAUCUGAUGAUUUCAUGGCUAAAGUGUAAAGCUAGUUUCAAGUAAAAU